AUGGGAAAACCGAAGCAAGCAGACCCUGAACCCGAGCUCCGUAAAGGCCUCCUCUACGAAAUGCUUUUUUUCAUGUUUCUCCAAGGAAUGGAUAUGGGCGCCGCUUUCAACAUUUGGCUCGAAGGAAGGCAAGCUUACGAUGCAUAUGGCAAAAUCCUCAACUAUAAGAACACCACCAACACAACCAAUCCUUACAAGCCCAAGGCUGUCAGCUACUGUACGACGACGGAAUGGGAUAUGGAAAAACUUCAUGAAUUAUACGACCUCUAUAACACAGUCCUUAUGAUCUAUCUCGUAUGUCUAGCGCUUGCUGGCUUGGUAUUUUUUCUACAUUUUUGUAUGUGGCUGAUAGCUAUCAUUCUUUCCCUCACUAAAAUUGAUUUUAUGACAGAACAUAUGCCACAAUUAGUCAAAGGCAAAGCUAUUUUCGCUGUCACAGAAUCGUUCUUUCAAGAUAUUCCAAUAUCGUGCAUUGCUAUCGAACUGUAUCUCUUAAGACGAGGUAGAGAUGGACUGAUAUGUUAUCUAUGUACUCAUAUUCCCACUUGCACUAAAGCGGACCAUUUGGACGACCUGCUCAGCACAAGUUCUGGCAAACUUAGUUUCCUGCUCUUCGCGGUAGCUUUGACAACAACAUGGAAAGGCCUUACAUUUAUGUUUCGUUUUACACGAACAGGCGUGUUGGAUAUCUUCAUUAUUCGUGCUCUCGUCUCGCUGUUCGCCGCGGGAAUUUAUAACAUCGUGAUACUAACUCCAGCCAUGGUGUUGCUUAAAUAUCGUUAUUACACGCUGCCUGGCGUUACUAAAGGCUUCUUCGCGGAUAUUAUAGACAGGGUAAUGAUUAUUGGCGCGUUAAUGUGGGUUAUUGUAUUGAUGGGAGGCUGUUGCUGCCCACUUAUGAGUAUGAUAAAGUUGGACUAA